CCGGCAGAAAAGGAAGAAGAAGAAGCUCAUACCAUUGCCGAUUGCUGUCGCGUUGCGCUUUCUUCGUUUUUUUCGGCUGCGCAAACUUAUAUUUUGUCGUUGUAAUAUUUUGCAUAAAUAUAUAAAUUAAAGCGCGUGACGGAACAACAAACAAAUAACGAAGUAAAAGGGCGAAAAAUCGAAACGAAAACGAAUCGAAUUACUUUCAAGUGCAAAAAGUGUGCGUGGGCGUGCGAUUGUGUGUGUGUGUUGUGUUUGUGCGACUGUGUGUGCGUGUGUUUGUGUGCAUAAAAAAACAGAACGUGCAACAAGAAGCAAGAAGAAGAGCAAUCAGCAGCUGACAAACCAGCAAUAAAACGAAAUUUCAAUAAUCGCAAGUCAAUUCAAGUGUGCUAUUAAGAAACUAGGAACAAUGCACCCACGAUACAGCCCAGCCCCGCCCCCUCAGCAACAGCAACAGAUGGGCGGACCGCCACACCAGCAGCAGGGCGGCGGGGGAGGUGGAGGCGGUAACAUGAGGGGGCCAUCGAACGCCCAGCAAUUGCCGCCGCAAAUUCCGAGAUCCCAGAACUAUUCAAACGGGAGCUCGUCUAGCGCCGCCGCCGCACCUCUAACAUCGCGCAGCGCCUUCCCCGGCGCCCCGCUCACCGCCUCAGCCGUCGCACUCAAGGGCGCCCUCCCACAGCGGCCACCGGCCAUGACAAGUCCCGCAGCCGCUGCCGCUGGCGCCGCCCUGGCCGCCGGUGCUCCUUAUCGCGGUGCCGCCAGCUGGACCCCGCAGGGUUAUGCCCCGGCCGCUGCCGCAGCCGCCGCUGCUGUCGCCCAGCAGGCAGCCUACCGCUAUACGGCGCCGCUGCCGCAGCCGGCGUAUGCCGCCUAUACGCCGCACACGGCCACCACACCGGCCACAACCACGGUAAGUUUUCUAAGCCAACCUGUGGACUAUUAUUGGUACGGUCAGCGAGUGCCGACGGCAGCCUCACCGAGCAACACCAACUCGAGCAGCUCCUCGAACACGGGCUCCCAGAGCGGCACCCUAAGCACCAGCCUGAGCAACACGACGAACACCAACACGAACAUGGGUCCCAACGGCACGGUACAGAAUCAAAACCAACAGGGCGGCGAGCAGUUGUCCAAGACAAAUCUCUACAUUCGCGGUCUGCAGCAGGGCACAACCGACAAGGAUCUAGUUAAUAUGUGUGCACAAUACGGAACAAUUAUAUCAACCAAGGCUAUUUUAGAUAAAACAACAAACAAAUGUAAAGGUUACGGCUUCGUCGACUUCGAGCAGCCAGCCUUCGCCGAGUGCGCCGUAAAAGGAUUGCAGGGGAAGGGCGUGCAAGCUCAGAUGGCCAAAGUGGGUAUCUGGGUGCUUCAUAGGCCGGCCAUUCAACAGGAACAGGAUCCCACAAAUUUGUAUAUUGCAAAUUUGCCGCCCCACUUCAAAGAAACUGAUCUGGAGGCAAUGCUAUCGAAAUACGGACAAGUUGUUUCGACCAGAAUAUUGCGUGAUCAGCAGAUGAACUCCAAGGGCGUUGGCUUUGCCCGCAUGGAGAGUCGCGAGAAGUGCGAGCAAAUUAUUCAAAUGUUCAAUGGUAACACAAUACCGGGUGCCAAAGAUCCCCUGCUGGUUAAGUUUGCCGAUGGCGGACCGAAAAAGAAGAAUCUCUUCAAGACGCCCGAUCCGAAUGCGCGUGCGUGGCGCGACGUCUCCGCGGAGGGGAUUCCCGUGGCCUACGACCCCACAAUGCAGCAGAAUGGAGUCAGCGUGAACGUGGGCACACCCAUCGGAGUGCCCUACUCCCGCUUCAGCGCCCCCCAGGUGGGUGGCUAUCCAGUGGCCGGCUCCCAGUGGAUACCGGGUUACAUGAUGACAACUCAGGUAGAUGAUCAGACUUCGUAUUCUCCACAGUACAUGCAGAUGGCAGCUGCCCCUCAGCUGGGAGUGACCUCAUACAAACCGGAGGCGGUUAACCAGGUGCAGCCCCGUGGCAUCUCGAUGAUGGUUAGCGGCGAUACGGGCGUGCCAUACGGAACAAUGAUGCCUCAGUUGGCCACCCUGCAGAUUGGCAACUCUAACUUUUCUCCAUCGUUACAGUAUAUUAGUCCAACUUAUCCAUAUUAUGCACCACCACCAACUAUUAUACCAACAAUGCCAAUGACAGAUUCCGAACAGGCUAGCACAGCUGCAUCACCCGACGAGGCAUACACACAGUAUCCACAUCAAGCCGCUCCCAAAUAGGUCUUCGCGAGCUAUAAUAUAUUAGUACCCCAUUUGAGUACUAUAUAAAUUGGACGAGAGUGAGAGAAAGCCGGAAGCGGAGAAGCGGAAAAGCUAAGGAGGGAGGAGAAUCAACAUCAAAAGCAGAAGAUCGGAUAGAGGAGUCUACAACAACCACCACAUGAACAACAACUAGAAGAGGAAACUGCUGAAGCAACAACAUCGGCAAAAGAAACAAAAACACAGCAUGCAGAAUCUAGAGAAAAGCCAUCCCGAAAAGCCGGGAAAAUCCGGGAAAAACAGCGGAGGCAGAAAAAUAAUGUAUAAAUAAGGCGGUGAAUGCGAAAAGAAAAGCCGGUCUCCGAAGAGACGAGCGCAUAGGACGCGAGAAAAAAGUGAAGAAAAGCAAAGACUUAACUUAAAUAAUAGAGAAUAGUUAUACACUAAAUAAACAACCAGAGAUGCAAAAGCAGUGCGGCAACCAUUGCCAAAAGAAACAGCGGCAAACGAGAGAAGAGCAGUCGAAAAUAUUUACAAAAAAAGAACUGCAGGAUGCGAAGAGAAAGGAAAGUCAAAGAAAAUUCACUUGGGGGUCGUAAGAACUUGAGGAAAUCUGCUGAGAAAAAAAAACUAUCGCAGAUUAGAGUUAAGUUAAUUUUGUUAAGCGCAAAGUAAAAAACCACUGCAUGCGGGAAACCGAUGGAAAGAGCGAUGUAAAAAUAGAAGGGAAAAUACAAAGAAACUAUUUUGCUAAUUUUGAGCUAGCAAAACCUAAGCAGACAGAAAUUUGUGAAAUGAAAGAUGGAAAAAACCGAAACAGAAACAAAAAUAAAUGUGUGUGCAAUGUAUGUUAAAAACUCGUAAGGAAAAACAGAGCAAAUAAAAACGAAACAAAAUCCAUUUCGAUGACGAUAUAUAAACAAAGCAUAAAUCUUAAGUCAAACUGCAGCGGCAACAAAGAAACCCCCAGAAGAACGAAGAAAGCGCAACGAUGCGCAGAAGAAAGCAAAACUUUUUUACCUUAGAGGCAACGUUUUCUUUGUUGUGGCCUGCUAAAGAAGAUUUUUACGAUGAAACUCAGACUCUACCUAUGUUUUGUUCUGUUUGUCUAAUUUGUAAUAUUUAUUUUGUAUUUUUGUUGAAUCGUGUUGAACAGCACAAAGAACGGAAGCAGAGGAAAGCGUAGAUAGCCACAAAAAGAAAGGAGAUCUUUGGUUUGUUUCUCCAUUUGUUGGUUUCUUGAACCAAACAUGCAAAUUGUAUAAAGCAAAGAUCCGAAGAAAAGAAAAAACAAAAAACAAACCCUAAAAAGAAAUGUCUAUUCCCCCUCCCCCUCUCUCCAUUUGACGUUCGUUUUGUGCUAUCCAAGCAGUCAGAGAAAGAAGUAAAAAAAAUUCAAACGAAAAAAAUGAGAAGAAAAAGCCUUUGAAACGGGCAAGAACCUAGUAUUAAGUCUUAGCAAAACAAAAGUAAGAAAAUUGCAGUAAGCAAAAACAGAUUUAGUAGUUCUAGAGAUCUAAAAGAAAGCAGAAGACGGGAGAAUAAGCAUAAGCUUACAAAGACCGAGAAGAAAUGGGGAAUCUUGUACUAGUUUUUAGCAUAUUUUUUGUGCUCAUCAGUCGAUUUAAUGAAUGAAUUUUUUGUAGCUGUCUACAGUUUUUUACGUUAACUGUUUUUUAGACAUAUUAAUGAGGAAAGUAAAAACCAACAAAAACAACCUAGAUAUAGUAUAUUUUUUCUGCAUAUGACAAGUUGUUGAGGCAGGAGAAGAACGAUGUUUGAUUAGCAUGGAAACCAAGAGGCAAACACUUUUUAAAAGGGAAUAGCGAAGCAAACCGAGACAACACACAAAAGUAGCGAAACACAGAAAACAGAAAAUAAAAUUUGAAACUGUAGAAUUGUAGUUUAGCUUUGUGAAGGCUGGCGAAGAAUGUACGAUUUUUUGAAGGAUCAGCUAGGAUCGAAAAGAACAACAACAACAACAGCAGCAGCAACAACAACUGGCACAGGCAGUAGCAGAAAUGUAUAACAGAAACCAAGAAAAUUAAUGUUAAAUUAAACAAAAAAAACAAAAUGAUGAAGUAAGAUAGAAGAAACUACGUUUAGUAAACUUAGUUAAUAAGCAAAGAUUUCUUUAGUCUUGUAAGCGUCUCUUAAGUAGAGUUGAACAUGAAGUUGAGUACGGAGUUUAGAAUUGAAAUUGAACCUUUGUCAAAGCCUAGCAUAUUUAUUUUUCCGAGACACACACACACACACACACUGACACACAAACACAGCAAGACACCAACACCGACGCACCUAUCAAGCCUAAGCAUUGUAUUUGUGAUUUUUUCGAAUGUUAAUUGAUUAACGAAACACGAUGAGCAAAAUAAGCGAAACAAGGGAAACAUCAAGUGGGCGAUGUGGGUGGGAGAAAGUGUGGCGAAGUGAGAAGUUUUUGAGAAUCUCCGUUUGAGCAAGGACACCCUCUCACCACAAACAACAUUCCUGAGCAAAGUCUUUGAUUUGAUUUUGAUAUAUAAAAAUUUGUAUGUGUUGAUACGAUUUGAUUUUCGAGUUUAGAGCUGUCGAGUCGCCUAACUGAACUAUCUACAUAUAUAUACAUUAUAUAUAUAUACAUAUAUAUAAAAACGUAAGAAACACAACGCCAAAAGUCUUCCUAAGCCUAAAACCAAAACAACAACAUAAUGCAAAUGUUUUUUUUUUUCUUAUUACGAUUAUUUGCUUUAGACUGACUACGAACUGAAACUGUAACAAUAACAACAAAUGCAGGAUUGUAAACCCAAAAACAAAAAGAAAAGAAAAUGUAACACAUACACCUAGAAUCACCUCCUGAAGUUAAUGCAGGCAUCGAAAAAGAUAUCUAUUUUCCAAGACAUUCCAAAAGCGAAAUUGUUUAAAGAGAAAUUCGUGCGAGAUGCCUGCAUUUGUUGUCCUAUUAAAGAAGAAUCACAAAUACAAGUACCACUCAUUGGGAGGAUAUUUUUGAAAGAUUUUCAAUCCUGUUUUCCUCGAAACAACUACAAACACGCCCACGCACACGCAUACACCUCCACCCUCCCAAAAAAAAACUCACACAAAGUGCAAUUUUCUUUCUGUAGUUUUCUUUGAUUUUAAUUUGUUAGCAGGAAAAGCAACUUAAGCAAAUUGAGAAAGCAUUAAGGUCUAAGUUAUUUAUAAAUCGACGAAGGAAACGAGAUGAGCUGGGGGCGUGUCUUGUCGCCCCCUCCCUAGGAAAGUGAAAAUGAAAUUUAUGUUUUAGUGAACGGUAAUGAAAUCGAGUCGAAGAAGCAGGAGAAGAAACCUAGUAUCUAAGAUCAAAGCCUAGUGCGUAAGUUUAGAAAAUCUAAGUACAGUGUUGACAAGCAAAGAAGAAAGCAGAUGCGGAAACGAGUAGCGUAGAUCGAGAAAAGAAAUGUAGCAAGAAAGACGGAGUCGAGUAGGACAUAUGAUUUCUAGUUGGUAGCGAAAGGAGAAAGAUUAGUUGGUUAGUUGGAGUGCAACACACGUAGACAGUUGUAGUUUUUGUGUAGUUAGAGCGACAGUGUUGAAGAAUGCCGCGUCGCACAGUUUGAGGUUAGGUUUAAUUUCUGAAAAUAAGCGUACGGAUGAGACGAGACGAUAAAAGCAAGGACGUUGGCGAGGAUAAACAAUAAAAAUCAACCGACGAGAAGUGUUCUAAUCUAAAGCUAUACUGACUUUUUGUGUGUGUAUUUAAAUCUACUUUGACAAGAAACCAAACUGGGAACUCGUUUGUUUUGCGUCUGUAUUUUGUUUUAUUUUAACGCGUUUUACUUUAGUUUUUUAACUAAUUUUAAGUAGUUAAUUUAUUAUUUGUCUUAAAAUCGUCGAGACCCCAAACAAGAUUCAAGAUUGCUUGGGUAUCUCGCCCCUGAUUGAAAGCCUCUCGCAAGAGAAGUGAAUCGAUUAAAUUUGAUGCAAGUGUUGAAGUAAUUUUUAAAAUUCAAACAAAAAAAUGUCUAGUGCGUAAAAUUGAAAACUAAAAACAACAAAAAUUUCAAUAAAAACUAAAAAAAAAAUAAAUCAAUUUGUUUUUAAGUGCGUUUUUCAUCGUUUAGUUUUCAUUCAAUGUGAUUUCUUAGUAGUAAAAUGUUUGCUAUAUGAAUUACCAGUACGCUUUUUCACCCCACACCAAAUAGUUUCCAAUAACGAAUUCCUAAAUUAAUUCCUAAUUGAUCCCCACUUUAUUAAAUUAGAUUGUGUUCUGAACAGGAGGCAAACUUAGUCGUCUUAGUCGUUGUUUAGGGGCGGGCAGAGCAGAGCGUGAGUGUCGAGCUGGAGAAAUAAAUAAACAUUUUUUAAUUAAGCCAAUUUAAGGAAAUGAUGAAUAUAUAUUUUUUUGAAACUUUUUUGACGAAACCAUGAAUGUAAACAAAACAAACAAAAAACCAAAAACAAAAUGAAAAACACAUAGAGGCGAGUGGGAGCGCAGAGCCAGAGGAAUGAACGCUAGCAAAUCGAUGGGAAUAUGGAAUAUGGGGCAUGGUGGUAUGAAAACAAGCUCAUUAUAUUUAAAAAAUAAAUAAGACAGUUAUGGAAUGGAAUGGAAAAUGGAAAAUAAAUGGAGGGAAUGCAGUAGGAGAGUAAGGGGAAAUGAAGAGAACACGACGACAAAUGCGUAAACUAACUUUAAGUAAGCGUAAAAUGCAAGCAGCUAAUUAAACUUAGAAACAGAAAUACUUAAAUGAGAGUAAUGUACAUUUCGCUUGUUGCUAUUUUUAAGUUUUAAAUCAAAGUCUUUUAAAGAACUUUAUUCAUUUUCUUAUUAACAAUGAUAAAAAAAAAAAAACCCAAAAACCACAAAAAAAUUAAGCAAAGCAAAUGCGCAAACUGGUAAAAUUAAAUCAGACGAAAAACCAAACUAAAUCUCUCUUUGUAAUCCUCCAGAAAAAAAUGAAAGAAUACUGAAGAAAAGAUCGAUCGAAAGCAUGAGGAAUCCUUUUCAACUCUCUGUGUAUUUUUUAAAGUAUUAUUUUUUGCAUCAAUGUGACGCUUUUAAGCAUUUUUAUAUGGCGAAAGAAUUGUAUUCAAAUCUCUAGUAAAAGCUAAAAAGAAGAACACGAAAAACCAAAACUCGAAAACCAAAAAAAUGACAAGAAAAGUGUGAAAAAGCGCAAUCUUUGCUACAACUUUCAAAUUUAUACGCGUACUUUUUGUGCCCUCAACUCUAAUGCAAAAGAUCAUUCAUGAAGGAUAACUGAAUUGGAGAUCGAGAGAUAAAAGUUUAAAAACCCCCAAAAUAAAAAGGAUGAAAAAGUUUGAAAAUGAGAAAUUAGUUUAAGCAAAACAUUUUGCAGCUUUUGUGCUUAUUUCGCUUAAGACUAGUUGAACAACAAAAAACACAGAAAGUAAAUGACGAAAAAAAAUUAAAUCUAAUUGUAAGUAAAAAAGAAAUGAGAAUAGAUCAGUAUAGAACCGAACCGGAAGCGGAAGCGGAAGAAUCAAGCUAAGCGAGGGCAGGCUGAGAAAUUCCUGCCCCGACUUGAAAGCUACAGAAAGCAUUAAAACCGAACAUAGCAAAAGAUUUAACUGUGGACGUUGAGUUGAAGCGUUGAAGAACACACAAAAUGAAAAACAUGAGGAAAACGUAACGUCUCUUUGGUAAGAAAAAGGAAAACCUAAAGAGCAAAUGCUGUCAUCCAAAAACCAAAAAAAAACACAAAAAAAUGAAACUGAACUUUUUCUGAAUCAAUAAAAGACAAAUUGAUUUUCUGUAAGAAAACAAAAACUAAA